AUUCUGAGUUACUGGUUGAUGCAGAAGUGUUACAUUUUUCAAUAUACAUACGUGACAUAACCUAAAAAUGUUGACGUUUACGUUUUAUUUUUAAAGGUUAUGUCUAAAUUUGAAAACGUGCAUUUGUUGAUAAAUAAAGUUCCGGUAAAGUUCUUUUUAGUGACAUAAUGGCACGAAGAGGCAAAGUAAAAUAUAAAGAUGUAGUCAAAAAACCUCACAUGUCCCAAAAGAAAAGCCAGAAGAAAACAAAACCACGAAAAACAUACAGUUUAUAUUCAAAUAACUCGAACAAAAGUAAUAUACAAAAACGAAAGUUUGUACCUCGCCAAUCGUCAUACGAACCUGAACCGAAACAGCAAAAAAUAGAAAGAAACAUUCCACGCCAAGAAGAAGAGUCGUCUGCAUCUGAAGAAGAUGUAGCAGAUUUAGAUAAUCUUUUAAAUACUUUUAAGGACCCCAAUAAAAGUAAGAAAUCUCUGGCUAUUGAUAGUAGUAGUGAUAGCGAGUUAGAGUCAGAAGAAAAUGAGGCUUUAGUUGAGGAAGAAGACAUCGAAAGUGACUUAGAUACAGAAAGUGAAACUCGGGAAGUAAGAGAUGAUGAAACUCUAGAAAAUACUGAAGGUAAAAUUGAAGAAAGUGAUGGAGAUGAAGUAGAUGAUGUAAAAAUAGAAAUAAAUGGGAAGGAAGAAGAAGAAAUUGAUGAUAAUGCAGAUCCAUAUAACAAACAUGUUUUGUUUGAUCUUCAUGAUUCAAUGCUAGAUUCCCUACAAAGUAGUCCUGUUUCUACUAAUAAUUCUACAGAAUCUUGGCCUGUGCUUGGUAAUUUAAAUAUUCAGAUACCUAAAUGCGAUAAUAUAUCUUCUGAAGAAACUGAACAAUUUACGAUAGCAGAGAAAAAGAUUUAUGCACCAGAGGGAAUGGUUCCUAAAAGGAUAAAACCAUCAAAUUUGAAUGAUUUACACAUUAAAACCCAAAUUAUUAAUAAUUUACUUAAAGUGAACAAGACUGUAACAGAUAGUGAACACUUUACUCCUCUACAAGGAGAAAUAUUUGCUAUAAUUAACAAUUAUCAGGAUCUCUAUUAUCCUGAAAGGACGUUUAGUAAUUCAGAAGAAAUUAGAUAUACUUACUGUGUACAUGCCGUGAAUCAUAUUUUAAAAACUAGGUUAAAAGUGAUACACCACAAUUCUAGGCUGACGAAAAAAGAUGAAGUACCUGAAGAGUUUAGAGAUCAAGGUCUUGUAAGACCAAAGGUUCUAAUAAUAUUGCCAUUCAAAGAUGCCGCCUAUAAAACCAUACAAAUGAUAAUAAAUUUAAUAUUACCCGAAGACAAGGGUAACGUAAUGAAUAAGAAAAGAUUCCUAGAGGAUUAUACCGGCAACGAACUGUUUUUACCUAAGAAAAAUCCAAAACCCGAAGAUUACGAACAAAUUUUCCAUGGUAACACGCACGACGACUUCAAAAUUGGUAUUACGGUUACCAAAAAAAGCUUAAAGUUGUACGCAGAUUUUUACUCGUCAGACAUUAUCUUAGCUUCACCUUUGGGACUCAGAACCAUAAUAGGAGCCGAGGGCGAAUCGGAACGAGACUACGAUUUUCUAGCUUCCAUAGAAUUGCUUAUAAUGGAUCAAACGGAAAUAUUUCUGAUGCAAAAUUGGGACCACGUCAUUCACGUAUUCAGCCACAUGCAUUUGCAACCCAAAGGAUCGCACGGCACGGAUUUUUCUAGGGUGAGAACUUGGAGCCUGAACGGCUGGGCGAAAUAUUACCGCCAAACUUUGAUAUUCUCCUCAUUAAAUUUGCCCGAAAUCAACGCCGUCUUCAACAAAAAAUGCCAAAAUUUCGCGGGCAAAGUUAAAAUCGUCAAUCCCAUCAAGUUCGGCAGCAUAAGUCAAGUGGUGGUUCAAAUUCCGCACGUGUUCCACAGAUUCGAAGCCAAAAAUGUCGCCGAUGCUAUGGACGCGCGAUUCGACUUUUUCGUUAAUAAAAUUUUGUCGCAACAGAGGGAGCCGUUGAUGAAACAGACGUUGAUCUUCGUUUCGAGUUACUUCGAUUUCGUUCGAUUAAGGAAUUAUUUCAAGAAGGAAGAUAUCGGUUUUGUGCAGAUUUGCGAAUAUUCGAAGGAAGGUAAAGUAGCUCGAGCUAGGGACAUGUUCUAUCACGGCGACGCCCAUUUCCUUCUAUACACGGAACGUUUCCAUUUUUUCAACAGGAAAAGAAUAAAAGGCGUCCGCCAUAUCGUUUUCUAUCAGCUGCCGAUAUUUCCGCAUUUCUAUUACGAAUUAUGCAAUUUGAUGCAAGAUGCCAACAUGAACAAGAAAGUGGGCAAUGCGUCAAAUAUGACAGUCACCGUUAUGUAUUCCAAGUACGACGUUUAUCAGUUAUCGGCCGUUGUGGGGACGGAAAAAAGCGCGAAAAUGGUGCAGUCUGAUAGAAACGUUCAUAUGAUGGUCACGGGGAAUGAUUGAACUGACAUUUGACAGUUGAAGUUGACAUAUUUGUAGGAUUGAAAUAAAAAUCAUGUAAAAUAUCGUUUUGUAAAUAAAAUGUAUUUAUAUGUUACAAGUUGUUUGACAUUGAUCUUAUUUUCAAAACAAAACUAAUAAUCGAUAAUGUUUGUUCAAAUCUAGCGGUUUUGUUUUCUAUCGAUUGCGAUGUCUUUUAGUUUGGAUUUAACUGAUUUUAGAGCGCUUCCACACCAAUACUAUCCGAACAACAAAAAAGAGAUAUUUAGUUAGAUUCUUCGAUCAUAUAAACAUAAAAUAUGUAACACCCUGUACAACAAAAAAUGUUUUGUUCCAUUAUCUCUAGAAUAUUUCGGCUAAUGUUGUUUAUCCCAUAGAAAACAGGCGGGUAAAAUAAAAAUUAAUAAAACGUCUGAACAGCAGCAUAUAAGUACCGUUUUUUUAAUAAGGAAUUCUGUGUUUGAAUACAAAUUCCUUGUUAAAUACGGAAUUCCGCAUUUUAACAAAGUAAAUAUUAAUUUCCUAUUUCGAACGCGAAAGUCUGUUUAAAUAAGGAAUUCUGUGUUUGAAU